UGUCCUCUGUUAUCAUUUUUCUUUUGUAGAGCUCCGCAAACAAUCUUCAACAGAGGGGGGUCAUGGUAAGAUCAAUCGAUGGUUCACUAUGAUUUGAUGAGCUGAUUAUUUGUUUAAUAACACCUACUUCAUUUUGGGUUGCUGGUAGCAACUUGCUACAAAAGUUAAGAAGCAUCAGUCAGUUUGGUUGUUUGUCGAGCAGCUACACAAACUCGGGGAGGUCUCAUAUCUGGGUGAUAUUUCACUGCUUUAUGCUGAAGAUCAUGCUACUCAAGGAAUGGCAACACCAAGUUACAGUAAGGUAAUGCAGUCAAGGAAGCUGUGGGAUGGUAGUCGUGGUACCACCCUACCUCCUGUAGCUCCAACAUCCAAGAAACCUGAGGGUAGACCUAGACCAGGUCUUCAUCAAGUCCAACCUCCAGGACAGUCCAAACAAAGGGGUAUCCACAAUCGAGGGGGGUUGGAGCUGCCAAACAGUGGCAGACGUAGAUCAAUGUCUUUUGAUGAUGCAUAUUUCCAGAAAGCAUUUGCAGCACAGGGGCAGUCUCAUCGCAACUUUGGGGUGUCACGUCCAAGAGCCGAGACAAAUGCCUCAAGGCAGAUUCCUUCAGGUAACAACAGUACCAUCAAAGAGUGGGAUAAUUGGUCAGACAAUGGUCAUAUCCAUGGCCACAAGGGGACUUCAGCUCUGUCCCUUCCUGGCUUUAACAGCCACAGGGAUCUCCAAGGAGAGGUUCGCAUUCGCCAUCCAGUGAUGUCCAUGUACAAGCGCAGUACAUACCCCUAUCACACAGACUCUUCAAGUAGCCUAAUCACACCAAGCUCAGACUACUAUUUUGGGUACAAGGGUAGGGGCAGACACUGCCAUCAGUUCUUGGAAGAAACGGGAGUGAAGCAUGAGAAUACGUAUCGUAUGGAUCCUAGGAACAACUUCCAUCAGGUGGAGGGAACUAUCCGCAGGAUGAUGGAAGACUACUUGGAGAGCACCCUUGACAGCCUCUCUGCAAACUCAUCAGCUACUGCAGAAGAAGCUGCUCAUGCUGCCAAAGGGUUGGUAGAGUCUAUCAAACACCAGGUGAAACUGCAGCGAUUGGCACGCUACAAGAUCAUCUCACUGGCAACGAUAUGCCUAAAAUCUGGACAGGAUUUAGUCAGUUCAAGCCGCUGUGUCUGGGACACCAAGACAGAUGGGUUUCUGUCUGUGACGAAACAAAACAAGGAUUGGUUUGGUGAAGUAACAGUUUAUGCAGUGUACCAUGAAUAAAAAAAAAAUUCAGCUUUAAGAGAUGCUCUACUUAUCUAGACAUGUUUCGCCUAUAUUGGUAAAUCUGUGUCAAUCUGAUUUAGCCUAACUUGAAUUGAAUUGUUCUCACAUGUAAACCCUUCAAAAACAGUUCUGCAACUCAAGUUUGAGCGGCAAUACAUUUCUUAGUGUGCCAUCAUCAUAUGUAAAGGUGGUAUCAUUUGAAAGCAUGAAUAUUCUUCUUUACAAUCAUGUGUCAUGUAUAAUGUUAUCAUGGAAUGCGCAGACAUGAUGGUAAAUAUGCAGUAAUGUCAAAAAUGUAAUGUUGCAAAAUUCAUCUUUCCAAUAGCGAAUUUCCAAAUGUUUCUAGGAUGGACCGAGUUUGAAUGAUGUUGAUGUACUGAUGCCUGAAAUUCCACACAUUGUGUAUUCUUAUUUGCAUAAUAGAUUGAAUGUGUUUGGAAUUAUGUUGAACCUGGUCAUUUAAAACAUUUUUGGAUGUUGAAUUUAAAUCUUUAGCCUUCAACAAUGACCACCCAAAUAGCAUUCAAGCACAUUUUAUUCAUAAAAAAAAGCACCAUGCACCACUGACAAUUUUGCGAAACAUUCACUGUCACCCACCUGCAUGGUCAAAAUUCUAUAGAAUGGAGACUCCACAUAGAAAAUAAUGUAUUUUGCAACACUCCACUUCUGACUUUUCCCUAUAUCCAGGGUAAGUACACAUUCCAUGAUAACAUAAAUCACAGCAGAUGGUACUUCAUUGUAAAGACGAAUAAUGAAGAUUUUCAAUGAUACUACAUGUAGUUUCAUCUUUUCUACUACAAUAACUAUAAAAAUAUAUCAUCCCUCAAAGUUGAGUUGCAGAGCUUUCUUUUGAGGGGUUGACAUGAUUCAAUUGUCCAACAAUUGAUUUUGAGAUUUCCUAGAUUUUACCUAUAAAAUAUUGCAUGUUUUUUUUACAAUAUCAUGUGUACCUCUAUAGGUCUAUCGUGCACUAUUAUGGAAUGUAAUAUUGAGAUCUGAUUUCAAGCGUAUCAAAAUUACUUUGAGGUCAGUUUACUGUUCACUUUAUCAGUACAAGAAUGGGUAUAUUUACGAUGUGUAGUUUUUGAACUUACACUUUAAACUUUACUCUGCAUAUAGCAGCAGUGUCGACUUAAAAACGAAUAAGAUUUCAGUAUUUUCAAAGAAAUGUCACAGGACAACACAUCUAACUGAAAAUUGAGAAAUUGGUAUUCAGCUUGAAACCAUCAGUAUUCUCAUUAUGUAGUACGAAAUACUGAAAAUCGGUACUACUUGGUAGCUCUACUAGCCAUUAUUGUAGUAACUGCCAUUGCAUGACAACUUGCCAAUGAUUAUUUCCUCCAGCAAAAUAAAGGGAAUAUUUAAAAUAUAUGACAGAAGAAAUAGAAUUUGUCCAUCCAUCCAAGCAAUCGUUUUUAGUGUGCAUGAAAAUGAAUAAAUUCAUUAUUAUAAUUUGCAGCAUUUUUGAUGCAAUGUUUUCACUGCAUGCAAGAUGUGAAUGACGGUAUAUUGCAUUACAUAUUCGUGAAGAACAAAGAAAUAAGGAUCACAUUCCACACAGGAUUCAUUUAAGCAAAAAGAAAAUGAUCAAUUUGCCUUUAUUCUGAGAUAUUUACACUAUAUGUUGUCGUAAGUAUCAAACAAUCUUUCAGAUACCAACAAAUGUACAUUUCUCAAAUUAGUCAUUUCAAAUACUGGGUAAAAGAAAAGUACACAUACUUGGACUAAUUUUCAGAAUGCAUAUUGUUAAAUUCCUUGUCUUUGAGAUUUCAGCUCUUUAUCCAUAAAUUAUGAAUAUAAUAAACGUAGGAACUAGAUAUCUGACAACUUUAGUAAAAUUCUUGCUUUUUAAUUCUUUGUAUUAAACUAUGAUUAAUAAGAAAAUGUGAUAAGGACUGUAUCUAAUACAUGUACUUUUACAAAUUGAGAUUAUAUUCUCACAAUUAACAGGAAAAAAAUGGGGGGGGGGGGUGACAUCCCUGUUUUUGCAUGUGUACAACAAAUAAAUGAAGUACACUAGAUACACAAAUUUACGCAAAAUAAGAUUUAUCAAUUUCGAUCCAGGAGAGAAACGCUGAUGGUCAGAUGUCGUCUUGUAACCUGCGGAAAGACAUCUUACAUAUCAUAAAAUGGUGACCAAAUGUUUAAAUGGCGUGCUACUGAUCGCCUGUUAGCAAUCUAUUGCUAGUGAUAACGUCUGAAUGACGUUACUGAUCACCAUUGGUGAUUGAUAGCGCUAUCCAUCGUGAGUGGUCGUCUGAAUGAAAUGUUACUGAUCACCAUUGGUGAUUGUUAGCGCUAUCCAUCGUGAGUGAUGAUAACUUGUAAAUGACAUGUUACUGAUCACCAAUGGUGAUUGGUAGCGUUAUCCAUCGUGAGUGGCGAGAACGUCUGAAACCGCUUAAGACCCCAACAAAAUAGCACAAAAGGUGUCCAUGCUUAUCAUAUUGAUUACCUCCUGGAAGCAAACCUUUAAAAGCUUUAUGGUAUUUCUUUUGUGAAAAAAAAGUAUUUUCAUUGUUACCUUUCUUGCAAGACACAUGUCAAGGCCUUGCUACACAAAAGAUGUAUCAAUAGAAUUGUACAAGUAUACAUUUCCAUGGCAUACCAUACACAAAAGUCAGAUAAUAAAUUGUAAAUAUCAACCAUAUCUAAUUUUAUUCUUAAAAAAAAAAAAUUCAUUCGGACCUGAAAUAUUUUUUGAAAAAAAAAACCCAGUGCAAAAUACUUCUAUGAGUAACACUUAGCACAUCUGUGAAAUGCUUUAUUAGAAUUAGAUUAGAAUUACUUAAGAAUGGCAUGGCAUAUUACUAUAGGAAAGAAUAUGAAGAUCAUGAGGAUGUAAAAACAACAAUGUUAUCCUUUAUGCUGCAUAAUUGUGUCAAGUUUAACACCUACAUGACCAUGGGAUAUGAGACCUACGUAAUGUCCAGAACAAACGGUAUCAUUAAUAUACUUUUCAUGCAACACAAUAUCUUUUAUAAAAACAUAGAUUAAUCAAAGCAUGGACACCAUAACAGAAGAUUGUAGAAUGACUGUAGAAAGAUUGUAAAUUACUUUAACUAUUGAAUAGUUAGCAUUCAUGAAAUUAAAUUGGCAAGCUUAAAUCAUGACUAUCCCCAAACAAACCCUUCUUCCUGUAAAAUCAUUUCCCAAACCUACAACUUCACCACUUGGAACAGAGUAUAAUUGGUUAAGUGAACUAAAUAUCAUGACUAUGUCAAGACUAUGUAAUCAGAACAUAGUCUGCCUACACAAGGGACCCAUUGGGGCACACGGUGAAGAAAAGGCAGAAAUCGAUUGUUCCUGACAACUUUGAUGGUCUGUUCACAUUGAACAUGCAACACGUCAUGGUAAUCAUAACGGUUGUUGGAAUUGUUAUAACGGUGUUGUAAUUCAUGCUAUCUGAUAUGGUUUGAGACAAAAUUACAUGGUCUGUUAUGAAUCAAAAACGAUAAGAAAUAUAUGCAAAUAUCAAACUGAUCUGUGGAAACUCUUAAGAAUAUCCUUAAUUUUUAUAACAUAAUAGAUCAAAGAGAUCCAAAUUUAAAGUUCAGAGAUAAAAGGAAAUGAAAAAUGUGAAAAGAAUGAAAAUGAUAUGCUUAAUAAUGGAUACAAUCAAAUGUCAACUCAAUUUACUGAUUCCUUUCAUGGAUUGCCAAGUCAAAACAAAUUGAAUAUUAAAAAGAAUGGAGGAUUAUGGGUACCACAAAAUUCAUUGAAUAGAUUUGCUUGCCCCUGCCUACAUCGACUACAUAAUAAUGUAGCACCCUGCUAUUGCAUUAUGCCAUCACAUGACCAAAACUUCUAACCAAUUCUCAUCAAGUACUAUUAUCACUUUACAACAUGGCACUCGUCGAGUCCCUAGAGGUGAUAAUAUUUGAUCAAUACUUUGUACAAUAUUAUAAAAAAAACAUAUACAAACAAACAAUAAUAUUUGCUGGUAUAGAAGAAAACAUUCAACAUUCCUAGUAUUUUCAAUACAUUAAACAGCAUCAUAUGCAAGGAACGAAUGACCAGCUUUGUGCUUUUGAUCAUAACUAAUUGAAAAUUGUCUGUUUUAUAUCAAUGUUAAAGUGUAAUUGUACACAGAGCAUGCAAUGAAGCCAAUGCAGAAAAACACAAUCAAUCAAUAAUAAUUCCUUGUUUUCAAAAUGUAAAAAAUGUCGGGGUAGAUUAAGUGAGAACCCUUUUGCUUGGUGACAAGUUCAAAUAUUCAUCAUUCCUACUUGAGCAGUUUAAAUCAUUAUUGUUAUUUUUGAUUAAAACCUUGUGAAUCUAUGAGAAAGGAGAAAUUUGUACUAGA